AUUCAUUACCAUUCACGACAAAGGACACAUUGCCACAAUGCUGAAUUCCUGGCCUGAAGACAACAUAAAGGCUAUUGUGGUGACGGACGGAGAAAGAAUUUUAGGCUUGGGUGAUCUAGGAAGCUACGGGAUGGGCAUCCCAGUAGGAAAACUUGCACUCUACACUGCUUGUGGUGGCGUCCACCCACAGCAGUGCCUCCCUGUUCUUCUGGAUGUUGGCACAGACAAUGAGGCGCUCCUGAAUGACCCGCUCUACAUUGGCCUCAAGCAUAAGCGAGUUCGUGGGAAACAGUACGAUGACUUGCUGGAUGAGUUUAUGCAAGCCGUCACUAACAAGUACGGAAUGAACUGUCUCAUUCAGUUUGAAGACUUUGCCAAUGCCAACGCGUUCCGGCUUCUCAACAAAUAUCGCAGCCGUUAUUGUACUUUCAACGAUGACAUUCAGGGAACUGCCUCUGUUGCUAUAGCCGGAAUCUUUGCAGCCUUAAGAAUUACAAAGAACAAGCUUUCUGAUAAUACAUUCGUCUUCCAAGGGGCUGGAGAGGCUGCUUUGGGUAUUGCUCACCUCAUUGUGAUGGCACUAGCGAAAGAAGGAAUUCCCAGAGAAGAAGCUGUUAAGAAAAUCUGGAUGGUGGACUCCAAAGGACUCAUUGUCAAGGGCAGGAGUCAUCUGAACCACGAGAAGGAGAUGUUUGCUCAUGACCAUCCCACUGUGAAGACACUGGAGGAAGUGGUGCAGACAAUAAAACCAACAGCUAUUAUUGGUGUGGCCGCUGUGGCAGGUGCUUUCACUCACCAGAUUUUGAAGGCCAUGGGGACCUUCAACGAGAAGCCCAUUGUGUUUGCCCUCAGCAACCCAACGAGCAAAGCGGAGUGCACGGCCGAAGACUGUUACCGUUUGACAGACGGUCGGGCCAUAUUCGCCAGUGGGAGCCCGUUUUCAAAGGUAACCCUCUCCAAUGGCCAGACCUUCUUCCCUGGCCAAGGGAACAACGCCUACGUUUUCCCCGGAGUUGCUCUAGGAAUCAUCGCUUGUGGAGUCCGUCACAUCACCGAGGAAAUCUUUCUCGCCACAGCAGAGGCAAUUGCAGAAGAGGUGACAGGGGAACACCUGGCUGAAGGAAGGCUCUAUCCACCUUUGAGCUCCAUUCGAGACGUCUCCUUCAAAAUUGCCGUUAAAGUGGUUGACUAUGCCUACAAACACAACUUGGCCUCCUGGUAUCCAGAACCAGAGGACAAAGAAGCAUUUGUGAAAAACCUCAUUUACAGCCCUGACUAUGACUCCUUCGUUAUCGAUAGUUACCAGUGGCCGCAGGAAGCCAUGAAGACUCAAAAUAUUUGAUGUUUCUCUUUUGAGAAGGCAGGCAAGAGAAACCUUCAAGCAGCCGUGAACCUUAAGAUGCUACGGUGUCUUGAACUUCAAGCCUGUAGGCUCUUCAGUUUACAAAGUAAAACAAGGACCAAUUAUUAUGCUACCAGUGCCCAAUGAACGAUGUGAUUACAUGAAAUUUAGAAAUUUCCAUAUUCUUGAAUCUCCUUCCUUGACCUUCUCUAAUCCGGACCUUUCCCAAUGUAUCAGAACUUCAGCUCCCCAAAUUCCGUAUCGGCAUGGGUCCCUUCCAGGCUGGAUUAGGAAUUUCUGCAGAGUUCAUAGAAAAUGCUUUUGCCAGAUGACUUCAUAUCUAUUAAGCUGGUGUAAUUGCUACAGCCUUUCUCAGUAAAGGUUACCAUUCAUGGGUUUAGGACAGGGGUCUUCAAACUUGACAGCUU